AUGUCGACCACAAACAAGAAUGUAGUGAUAAUCGGUGCAGGAGUUGCUGGCCUUACUACGGGCAUCGCGAUCCUGGAGAAGGGGGGCUACGAUGUGACGAUCGUCGCCGAAACGUUCCCCGGCGACCCGAGGACUAUCAAGUAUUGUAGCAACUGGGCAGGAGGACACCAUGUCAGCCAUGCGAGCGGCGACCCGAGAAUGCAGAAAAUCGACGAGGACACAUUCAAGGUGAUGUGGGAGCUCUCCGCACCAGGCGGGGACGCCGAGGGCUGCUUCAAGCGCAUCCACGAGACCGAAUACUUCUACGACGGGCGCGACGCCCGUCUCAACUGGAUGCCUGACUUCACAGUGCUCCCCGAGGCCGCGCUGGUCCCCGGCGCGCAGACCGGGGUGUCCUUCACGACGGUCACCUUCGACGCGCCGCGCUACGUCGGCUACCUCCUCGCGCGCUUCGUCGCGCGCGGCGGCACGCCCGUGCACGGGUCCGUGCAGCACGUCGCCGCGCUCGCGGAGGGCGGGCCGGGCCUCUUCGCGCGCGGGCGCGCGUCCGCCGCGCCGGUCGAUGCGCUCGUCGUGUGCGCGGGGCUGGGCGCGCGCACGCUGGGGGGCGUCGAGGACGCCGCGAUGUACCCCGUGCGCGGGCAGACCGUGCUCCUGCGGGCGCCGUGGGUCGCGGGCGGGCGCACGGCGAGCCACGCGGCGGACGGCGUGUGGACGUACGUCAUCCCGCGGCGGUGCGGCGAGGUGGUGUGCGGCGGGACGAAGCUCGAGGACGACUGGUACCCUGCACCGCGCCCUGAGACGACGGAGGACAUCCUCCGCCGCUGCCUCGCAUUGCACCCGGAGAUCGCGCCGCCUGAGGUGCGCGCGGCGCGUGAGCCGACCGUGGACGACGUGCGUCCGUUGAUCAUCGACCAGGGCGUCGGGCUGCGGCCGGCGAGGAAGGGCGGUUUGAGGCUGGAUGUAGAGUGGAUCGAUGGCAAGAAGGGGAAGAUCCCAAUGGUGUUCAACUACGGGCACAGCGGGUCUGGCUUCCAGUCUUCCUGGGGAUCAGCUACAGUUGCGCUAGAUCUGUUGGAGCAAGCACUCAGUAGCAACGGGCACGCACAGUAA